GUUAAUCUGGCCCGUAAAAAAGGAGCGGUACCACCUCCGUUCGAGUGGCGUGUUAUAAAAAACACGAGGAAUCGGGAGACAGAAUGUAGGCUAUAAUGUCGUUACACGUUGGUUACUAUAAAAAUAGUUUGUCUUUAUUUGUGAAUGUAGAGAAACAAACAUACCGUUAUCAGCGGACUGAUUUACUCUCAGUAUUAGUAAAUAUGAUCACGUGAUUCAUGUAACCAAUCGCUGAAGAUGAAGGCAGCAAAAAUACUAUGAUUGCUCACAGGCAAGGUUUCCGUAACGGAGUAACGUUUUAUAUGAGUUCGUGGGGAUCCGAAAAUGUCGACUAGUUCAGCUCUGAGCAGCUAUUAUGUGGACUCUAUAAUGGGGCACGAAGCGGAGGAUGUGUACGGAGCGCGUUAUGUCCAGGGUUCACACGCCGCGCCCGCGAGGCCGUCAGGUGUCGGGGGAAAUGCGGAUUUCUCGUCUUGCAGCUUCGCACCCAAGUCAGCCGUGUUCCCUACAUCUUGGUCCUCAGUCCAUCAACCUUCUGCUGCUGCAGUUUCUGGGAUUUACCAUCCGUACGUUCACCAGACCCAGCUGGGAGACAACAGAUAUGUGCGCUCCUGGAUAGAUCCAGUCUCCAACCAUAUUUCUUUUUCCGGGUUCCACUCCAACAGCCGGCAGAGCGGGUCAAAGACUGAAAAUGUGCCCUCGAAAAGGACUGAAAGCCGUGUGUUUGAAGCAGAGACGCCGACAGUUUCUGAAUAUGGCUGCGGCGUUGAAUCUGAAUGUCCAGACAAAUCUACUGAAGAAAGAGUUGGCAAUAAUAUUUCGACUCAUAGUGAACCAAAAGAGGAGAAACAACAACAACUUGACCCAAGCAACCCGGCAGCAAAUUGGAUCCAUGCACGGUCAACAAGAAAGAAACGAUGUCCGUACACGAAAUAUCAGACUUUGGAAUUGGAAAAGGAGUUUCUUUAUAACAUGUAUUUAACGAGGGAUCGCCGCUACGAGGUUGCACGAAUCCUGAAUUUAACAGAGAGGCAGGUGAAAAUCUGGUUUCAGAACAGAAGGAUGAAAAUGAAGAAGAUGAACAGAGAGAGAAACAAUAAAGAUCUGCAGUGAACGGAGCAAUACUGCAGUGUAUAUUUUCACAUUUGCUCGGUUUAGAAUCGUGUUGUUCUGUGUCGUUAAGUUUUCUUUGAGUUACAAUUCAGGAUUGUUAUCUAUGCCUGUCUUAGCAUAUCUUCUGUUUAAUUUAGCAUAUAUUCAGAGUCAAAAUAGCUGUUUUAUGUGACCUUGAAAAAAAUUAUAUUCCAUGCUAACUUUAUCGUACGCACAAGGUAUUGGUUUUAGAUAAAAAAAAAAAAACGUUUGGCUUUGGCCGCAUAAAAUUUGUUUUCCCCAGAUGGAAAGGUUUGUUCAGUCUGAGAACCACAAUAAUUCUGUUUUGUGUCCUGUAGUCUAUAAUGCAUCGUAAAUAAGCUAUAUUAUUCGUCAAAUUCUUGCAACUAAAAUGUUUAUUGAAAGAGGAAUAAAACCCGUGCUCUGAUAGUCCUAGUUAUGGGCUGGUCUUUGUCUGUCUACAGUAUAAUGCAUGCAAACGAACGCCCUCAUGCAGGCACAACAAAUACAAUUUGUUCUUUAAUUGGAAAUUAAGUCGGAAAAUCACAUUCUUUAAUGAUAAUGUUUAGUCUUUUAAAUGCACUUGCUGGUGUGGUAGAUAUCGAAAAGUAUUUCAGUUGAAUGCUUCAUAUCCUUCAUUUUUUUUUUUGCCAUGGUGGAUCCACGUUUCUUUUUUCAGUGGAUGUCUUCCAACCCGUAUUUAGAUCUUGUUGGACAUUCACAAUGUUUAUUGACGUCUACUUCACCCGUCUGAAUCAGAUUGUGGAAAUUAGUUUAUUUUAAGGACCUUUUUUUAAAAUAAGUUGAAAAGUGUACUGCACAUUGAACUUAUUUACAUUUUUAAAAGAAACUUUAUUUUAAGGCAGGGUGAAAACGUCACGGCAAGAUACAUUUUGUUUGAUCAUAACACAAAAUAGAGGCUGGUCGGUAAUAUUGCUAAACAGUUUAUGAUUGGGAAAAGUGUUGCAAGGACCCCCAAUUUAUCGUCAAACCGGUACUAAGAAUUGUUUUAAAGCAGGAAGAUACUGGGUCUAAUAAAGCUAUAGAAAGAGAUAGACGUCUGGUCUAAAUGAGUUUAUGGUGUAGGACCGUAAUUGCUCUUCUCUUUGAAACUAACCUCACUGGUUUUUGUGUCUGUUACUCGCAAACAGAACUGUAGCCACUUUUCGACGGGGCGUCUGGUCGAUGUAUUGUAAAGACUAAAACAGUAUCGACCCCCAGCAAACUGAAAGUCACGUUUAUUUUGGAAAUGCAUCCACACUUUUUACUUAAAUCUUUAAAAUUUGUUUUUGACAGUAACAGUAUAUUUAUUUUAGAUUAAUCGUUUUCAUAAAUUCAUUUUUAGAAAAAGGUCGAGAAAUGACAACUAAAACUCAAAAUAGUAAAGUUUUUAUUACAAGCAUGUAUUUGUUGCAUAUUCUGUUUUUAGAUGAUUACAAUCAAGUCUUAAACAGACACAUUUUAUCACGAUAAAUAAAAAUAGAAAUAAAUAAAUGUGGAGAGAGAGAGAGAGAGAGAGAGAGAGAGAGAGAGAGAGAGAGAGAGAGAGAGAGAAAGAGAGGGGGAGAGAUUUUCAAAUAAUGCAAACUAAAGAAACGUGUGCAUUAUUGCCGCUAGAGGGCCUCGUUGUUCUGUGAAAAAAAGGAGAAUGCUUUUGGCAGAUCUGUUGUAUAUAGGGAGCUUAGACGGCUACGAUUAACUAAAUCGAGAUUUGCUUCUGGAAAGUUUUUCUUAUCUCGAAAAAAAUAACUGCGUCAAUUAACUCCAUUGAAAUGGACGAUUAAAAUGUAUCCAAUAUCACUGUAAGUUGCUUUUUAGAAUAAAUCGUUCUGAUUUGGUUUAGAAAAGACAUCAAAGGAACUGGGCCAGUAGGUUGGUAUAUCAUGUGCCACUGUGAGUUAAAUACUUAAUUCAAAAGGGGAAUUAAAUAAAAACAAGUCAUUUUAAACUUUAUAAUCUUAGAUGACAAUGACCGAGAACAUCGGCUUGAGAGAAAGCAAAUUAAAACAAAGACAUUCGCAUCGAGACUAAAUUGACAAUAUAUCCAGUCUAAAUUAUACAUCUUACAUACAGUAUUAUCCAUCUUAAUAACAUAUACUAAAUCCAAAGAUAGCCUACUGUCCAUCUCAAAAAAACAUUUAAGAAAAUUAACUCCCAACAAAUAAAACAAGCGAAAAAAAUACUAUUAAUAUUAUAAUAAAUUAUCUGACGUCGAUUAGUGAAAACAUGUCAACAUACAUUUCUAUUCAAAUUGUCCUUCUUGGUUGGUCAAAUAUUUGAGUAAUUGUUUAAAGGAAGAAUUUGCACAGAAAUCAAGACAUUUUGGGAUGUUUGAGGAACAAAUCCCUCACUUGUGUAAAUCGCUUGUGAUAAAAGCGUAUGCUAAAACUUAAAUGUAAACGUAAUGUCAAUUGCUUUGAACAUGAACGUAAACGUGUUAUUUCUACAAUAUUUCUCAUUUGGACAAACAGAACAUCAGAUUGAACAAAUGGGGGGGGGGUUACAAGUUUGUAGCAAAAAAUAUUUUUAAUUUAUUUAUACUGUUGUUAUUAUUGGUCUUUGUGUAUGAGGCGUGUACAUGUGGUAACAAUUAAAUUGUAAAAAUGUAAAAUAUUAAAUUAAAAAUAUUUUAGUUUCAGAUGAGCCCAGCCAUUUGAGUUGGAUAUUAAUUCAAAACAGCUAUAGUACAAGUUUGUCUUUCUAAGCCAGGUCAAACUAAAGACUCACGAAACGCAUGAAAUAUCUGUUAUUAACUUAGUAUUAGUUGUUGUUACUAUAAAUCAGACAACAGUUUUUAAUUAUCAGCAAUAAAAUCUUAAUAGGUGUCGCCUACACACAUAAUCUUAUAAUGUGUCUCCAUCUAGUUUUUUAUCCUUGCACACCCAAAGGUUUUCUCAUACGAAUCAACAUUUCUACUGAGCGGUAUGCAUGUGAUUGUUUUGGCAACGGCUACUACGGAUUCAAUAAUUUUAUCUUCUUGGAAAACCUGCGACACAGAGCACCAGUUAUCAGGCGAAUCCUGGUGGAAUUACGUGUCACAGUGACCGCUUUAAAUUUUACUCGCACGAUAACUUACAAAGACAGCAGGUCUUUACGACACUGCGAGAGGCUGGGUCGCUACAAUACCGAGCCUGUAAAUCGUCCGGUAGUAAUACUGGCGCCCAACCAGCGCGCCUAAAUCAGCACUCGCCUCUAGCUCAGAUAGCUUGGAUGAGACCUCAAGGUUGUGUGUCAUAAAAUCUGUUUUCAAAUAAGGCGAGCUUCCUUUCUGAUUUUGAAACUACAAUACCUUACACUUUAAUGCCUUUGUUGGGCCACCGUUUGCCCCAAAAUAUGCUUUAACGUUUAAUAAUCGUUUAUUGUAUACAAUCUUAAAAAAUACGUUCUUAAAAAAGACCGGGAAUCUGUCAGCAUAAAUAGGAAUAUUUAAAACAUACACUAAUUUUUUUUACGCAUUUCUGAAUGUCCCAAAAAUUUAAAAUAAAUAAAUAAAAGAAUUAGCGUUAUUUUACAAACCCAUCAGAUUUCUUGAAAAUAUCAAUACGAUAUAUAUUUUAUUCUUUUUUGGAGUCGAAAUGCUCCUGUUUGUGUAAAAUAACCAUUGAUGUGAUUAUUUUAUUUUGCAUAAUGACUGGCAGCAUUACAACAAUCUUUACCAUUACAGGUAUGUUAUUCUUACUUGGUAUAUUAUUCUUUUAUGAUUCUUAUUUGGUAUAGCAUCUUUAUAAACACGCGUCGGUUAAUUAUUUUGUAUACUGCGAGGUUAUUUAUUUUGCUUAAAACUUGACUGCAAACCAUGGAUUGCUAUUUGUGUUUCUAAAUAUUCAAUAAAAGCAUGGUCUAGGAAUACUACUA